AUGCCCAAGGAGCCUCGAUGCUACUUCAAGCAGGAGGCAACGGCCACAUACGACUAUGAAGGCGAUGCCGCGUGGCGAACGAAGCCUUUGACACCGCAGCAGCUCCUGGUACACGAUGUCCGCCUCGAAACACUGCGGCCAGACCGUGGGCCUCUACUGGAAAUCAGCGAACGCCAACUCUCGACCGUAGUCCCUGACACAGCAGCUCACACGCCAUCAGCCAGCUUCGUGCGCGUUGCUGAGGCCAGUGACAACCCUUUCGAGAAGCAAAAGCUUUCGAACUUGGAGGAAGACUUUGGAUGGACGCGUUACUUGCGACUCGAGAGUCAUCAGCAACGUGCCACCGACCCUCCAGAGUCGGCAAAGGUCCGAUGGAUCCACUGCUCCGCGAAGUUCCCGGAGUACCUCCGUGGGUUUCUUUGGGGAUUGUCGGAUGACACGCAGACUGUGGCAGAUUCCAUGAGGAUGCUUGACCAAACCAUGCAGCGGCACACACGAUUCUCGAAGCAUGGCAAGUAUUUCGCGCCUUUCACUCAGACGUUGAGGCGGCCGUCUGGACAUGGUCCGAAAACAACGUAUCCAAUGCUCCUCUCCGUACCGUUCUUGGACUGGACCAUGCAAGGCCGGCCUCCACCGCUCAGGUUCCAGGUAGACCGCAGAGAGGGCUUCUUGUCUUCGAGAUCUUCGGCUCAUGUCAUUCGAUCGGUGCUGCAAUACUUUUAUCGUCUUGAAGACACCAACGACCGUGAAGGAUCACAAGUUUUCGCGCGACACAAACCGUGGACCACGAAUCGCGCGCUUGACUUGAAAAUCCGACAAUGGUACGGACACUACCCAUCUGGCCUCAAUGUAGAUGAACUCUGGAUUCUUGUGGUAGAUGCAGAACAUAUUGUGACGUUCUCUUCCCAUCAGACAUGGAAGGCACGCUGGCCACCUUUACAGCUGUCGACUAGGAUAUCCGACGUAUCGUUUCGUGGCAUACGUAACAGCUUCUUUAGGGCAGACGACGCUCCAGAGUAUACCGCUAUCACACAUGCUAUAGCAAGCCUGAGUGGCGCGGUAGGAUUGAUGCAUCGUAAUUUUUGGUCGGACAUCGUCUUGUGCCUGACUGAUCGCUAUGCUGGACAUUUAAGCCACCUCCAAUAUCGACUCCAUCGAUCACCGAGCACGAAGCUCGUGAUGGAUCUCAUAGCUUGUCAGGAGGAGCUCAACAUUGUCAUACAGACCCAACUCGAUAUCGCACAGGUCAAGUCCAACGGCAAUGGAUCUCCGGUCACAGCACAUAAGCGGGUUCAAGCAAAUCAUGGAAUGAUUGAUGAAUAUGACACUCCUGCCAGAAGGCUUGCUCCUCGCCGCUCCACGUUCGACCAGCUCUCCUCGUCUGAGCUUUCAGAUCCGCUAGCACAACUGAUUGACAACCUCCAGCGCGAGCUUGCAGACCUCAGAGAUAUUCGAGACAAUACCGACAGACUCGUCAACAGAACAAUCCAGCUUGUCAACAUUCGCCUGGAAGAUCAUGGCAAGGCAAUUCUGGUCUUCACGGUCGUUACCAUCAUCUUUCUCCCGCUGAACUUCGUUUCGAGCUUCUUCGGCAUGAACUUCUGCGACAUACGAAACAUGGAGAAGACGCAAUGGUUGUUCUGGGCUGUGGCUAUUUGCGUGACUGUGGGAGUCGUGGCGUCUUCGGUUUUCCUCGCGUUCUCUGGAGGCGCUAUAGUGGAGAAGGUACAUGUAUGGGAAGACACCAGGAGGGAACAGCACUUGAGUACAACGACAGCAUUGAGACAGAGAUCAGAUAGUGGUCAGCGAGGGUUCAGGGUGCAUGGUACCGACAAGGAUGCAUAUAACUAUUCGUAG